CAAAAUAAACUUACAAAACAACGUAUAUACAGACAAAAUCACAUAAUACUCCACUCGCCGGAAUCUUAUUUUCACUGUCACCGGCCGUUAUAACUUUUUUUUUUCCAGUUCGGAGGUCAAAUAAUUAAACUCCGAUCUGAAGAAGUAGUUAUUCUAACUGCUUCCAUUUAAUCUGAAAACGGGAAAAACCCCUGAACUGGGUAAGGUGGAUUUCGUGAUGGGAUUUUGUAUUUGUCCUUUGGAAACUCCUGCUAGAUUACUGUGGAGUACUAGUUUCUUCCGCCACAAGCUUAUGCUCUUCUAAAACUUUGUCAACUCUCUUUUUCAUACACAUCCCCUGCUAAAAAAAGAACUCUGUUCUGGAGUUUAUUUUCUCUUUUCUGUUUCGCCGGAAACAUAUAAAUAAUCUUCUGUGGGUAAAUAGGCGAUCUUCCAGAUCAUUGAAAAUAUGGGAUCUGGGCACAUAUUUUUCGACCCGUCGUCGUGUCACGGCAACAUGCUGUUCCUUGGCAACGGAGAUCCUGUUUUCCGAGGACCAAGAUCGACAAUGAUGAAGAUGGAGGACUCCUCGAAGAGGCGACCCUUCUUUAGCUCACCGGAGGAUCUAUAUGACGAGGAAUACUACGAUGAGCAGUCACCGGAGAAGAAGCGCCGUCUCACUCCUGAGCAGGUGCACUUGUUGGAGAAGAGCUUUGAGACAGAGAACAAGCUGGAGCCCGAACGCAAGACCCAGCUGGCCAAAAAGCUGGGGCUGCAGCCCAGGCAGGUGGCUGUGUGGUUCCAAAACCGCCGUGCCCGGUGGAAGACCAAGCAGCUCGAGAGGGAUUAUGAUCAGCUCAAAUCCUCUUAUGACUCUCUUCUCUCUGAUUUUGACUCCAUUCGCAAAGAUAACGAUAAGCUCAAAUCUGAGGUUGUUUCAUUGAUGGAAAAGUUGCAGGGGAAAGUGGUUGGAGGAGCAGGGGUAAGUGAAAAAUCUGAUGUCUUGGAGGUAGAUGCUAUGACAGCGACCCUUCAAGUGAAGGUGAAGGCUGAGGACCGGUUGAGCAGUGGCAGUGGUGGGAGCGCGGUGGUAGAUGAGCAUAGUCCACAGCUGGUGGACAGUGGGGACUCAUAUUUUCACACUGAUCAUGAGGAGUAUCCAGGGCCUGGAGGAUGCAAUGUUCCUCCACCCAUGGAUGGUUUACAAUCAGAGGAAGAUGAUGGUAGUGAUGAUGGCAGUUGCCAUGGCUACUUCUCUAACGUCUUUGUGACAGAGGAGCAGCACCAUGAAGAAGGAGAAGAGCCUAUUGGAUGGUUCUGGUCUUAAUUGAAUUUUAGAAUAUUGUAUUACAGUUUUUCUUAUCUACGCCCGCGCUUUGUAUGAUGAAAUAAGUGUUGUAAUUCGAACUUCCAAUUUAAACAUCUAUAAGUAUGCUUUUGCAUCUUUUAUUCUCCUGAUU